GUGUGCUGACAGCGGAACUGAAUAAUCGAGAGGGGGACUACCUGCUAGCAACCAACACAAGAAGAUGGAGGUGGAGCAGCUCCUGUCUCUGUCAGGCUCAGCACUGGCCCAGGCUGUCAGCUCUCUGCUGGAGACCCCAGGCCUGUACGUCUUCUCUGACAUCCUGGAGCUGCCUAAUGUCAGAGAGCUGGAGAAUGGCCCUCAUGCACCAGUGUACCAGCUCCUGAACCUCUUUGCCUAUGGAACCUACUGCGACUACAAAGAGAGAGCAGCCUCUCUUCCAGAGUUGACCCCCGCACAGAGAAACAAACUCCGCCAUCUGUCGAUCAUCAGCUUGGCUUCCAACCUCAAGUGCCUGCCGUACUCGCUCCUCCUGCAGCAGCUGGAGCUGAAGAAUGUGCGGGAGCUGGAGGACCUGCUGAUUGAAGCCAUUUACUGUGACAUCAUCCAGGGUAAACUGGACCAGAGGAACCAGCAGGUGGAGGUAGACUGCAGCGUGGGUCGUGACCUGGGCCCCAACGAGCUCCCAAACAUCAUCAACACGCUGCAGGAGUGGUGUACAGGGUGUGAGGCGGUGUUGUGUGGUAUUGAGGAGCAGGUCUCGAGGGCCAACCAAUACAGAGAGAGCCAGCUAAAGGUCAAAGUCCAAGUGGAAACAGAGGUUUCAAACCUACAGAAAACGUUAAAGGCCAGCGCUGCCUCUCCUUCAUCAGGCCCCGCCCCUGCUGGAGCCGCCUCCAAUCAGGACGCAGACCAGCCUGCCGAGCCACGAGACCCUGCAUCCUCUCAGGAACCUCGACAACCAGGCAAAAAAAGUUCAAAGGUGAAAGGUCUCCGCGGCAGUGGGAAGAUCUGGUCCAAGUCCAACUGAAGACAAGAGAAAGACAGCAGCACUGAUGGACACUCUCGCUGAUAAAUGGACACAUGGUCAUGUUAAUGGACAAAUAGAUACAUUAAACAAUGUGACCAAUGCUCACGGACACCCUCUUCACCUACAUGUAAAAACCGGGAAGCUUCAUGGGAACUUUUCUUGUUACCUAAUCUCACCCUGACGGAUUCAGAAACACACACUGGCUGAGCGAUACGACACGUGUGACAUCCACUCUUACAGUAAUUAACAGCCUGACAGAAGAGGACUAUCCGUGUAUUUACACACACAGCACUUGUAACACAUGAAGACAGACUUGUCUGCAGCAGGAGUCCGUUGCCUCUGACCAGAAGCAAGAUCGGUGUAUUUGACUCGUAUGUGUGUGUGUAUCUCUAUUGGUUUAAAAAAAAAAAAAUGUUCUUUUGGUUUGGAUUAAUUCUAUGUUGCUUUGUAUUUUCUCUCUCUGCUGAGUACAGACAUGUAUAAAAUCAGAAUAUAAAUUGUUGGGAAAUAAAACAAAGCCCUGUACUUA